GUCAAGUCUGUUUUUGUGCGGGGAAAGGAUACCACGAACGAACAGCGGAGGAAGAUUUAAAGGGCCCGGCAGAUUCUUAAUGCCAUGUCCAAGCCCGCCCUCAUCACCUUCACCCGGGGUACCAAUACCAGCGACCUCUGGAAAGAUGGGCAGCAGCAGCCACAACAGAAAGAAGAGUCGGAACCCGCUCUGGAUGGGUCUGCAGUUCGUGCUUUCUAUGAGGCCGUGAUAGGGGAUGAAAGCAACUCCUCUGAGCCCCAGAGAUCUCAACCUGAGUCUGCUCGUGAGAGAAAGAGAAAGAAAAGAAGAAGAACGAGAGGGACUACAACAGAAACUGUGGCAGAAAGUAUAUCAGGAGAACAUGAACAAUGGAGGUCUCUUGAAGUGGAGGAAAAGAUGACACAGUGGAUACUAAAGGCAGCCCAGGAAGGAAACUUGGCAGAACUUAAAAGGCUAUUGGAGCCUCGCGAAGCAGGUGGAGCAGGGGGGAAUAUCAACGCUCGGGAUGCCUUCUGGUGGACCCCCCUGAUGUGUGCUGCCCGAGCAGGCCAAGGGGCAGCUGUGCAUUAUCUCCUGGGUCGUGGAGCUGCUUGGGUAGGGGUCUGUGAAUUGGGGGGCAGAGAUGCUGCUCAGCUAGCAGAAGAAGCAGGCUUUCCUGAGGUGGCCCGCAUGAUUAGAGAGAGCCAAGGAGAGACAAGGAGUCCAGAGAACCGGUUGCACACUCCUUCACCCCAGUACUGUGAGACCUGUGAUGCCCACUUCCAAGACACUAACCAUUGUACAUCUACCGCUCACCUGCUGUCUCUGUCUCGUGGUUUCCAGCCUCACAACCUGUCCCUGGGGGUGCCCACCUCCAGCCCAGGCUUCAAGUUGCUACUGCGGGGCGGCUGGGAGCCUGGAAAGGGGCUGGGACCUCGGGGUAAUGGUCGUGCUAACCCCAUCCCCACUGUCCUAAAGAGGGAUCAGGAAGGAUUGGGCUACAGAUCAACUCUCCAGGCUCGAGUCACGCACUUCCCAGCUUGGGAUACCCGUGCAGUAGCUGGGAGGGAGAGGGCUCCUCGGGUGGCAACCCUGAGUCGCAGGGAGGAGAGGAGGAAGGAGGAGAAGGACAGGGCCUGGGAACGGAAUCUAAGGACAUACAUGAACCUUGAGUUCUGACCUUACAGUGUCUGACCCUGAACUGUUGUUAAAAUCAGAAUUUGAGCCUCUGACGUUGGCACUUUGGUUUCUACUUCUUGGAGUCUCCCUAACUUCCAAAGCCUUAGAUUUUGGUAAGACUCUUCCUCUGGAGAGGAGCUAGGAGUUGAGAAAUAAAAUAAACUGGGGUCAGAGUGAUA